CGGCUUUGAAAUGUCUUCGUCAGAGAACAGCGGCAAGGGCUCGCACAGGAAACUAGACCUGAAAGCGGAGAACUAUCCAGCAUGUGCUGUGGAGGCGCUUACUCGCCUAGAAACUCUUAUUGCCAGCCGCAACAAACAAAACUUAGUAAUGCAAAUCAUUUCGGAGUAUAUUUUCUUGGAGCGGAACAAGGAUGGAGACGGGCGAAAGUCACAAUCGCUGCCAAUUAGCCAGAUGACAUUGUGUCAAGAGUUUCAAUUGAUAAUUGCGCUCAUUGAAUACUUUUCGCGGCCAGGACGGGAUGCAACGCGCAAUGCCAUAUUUCUAUCACUCUUUGGCAGCCACCUAACACCCCAACGUUGCAAGUUGUUGUCCCGACUUAUAAGUACUGCCAUUUCUGGAUCAGUGGCACCACUGCUCUCUGCGGCCGGUACGUGGAUGCAACAAGUUGGCUGCAAGACCCCACACAGUCUGGAAGUGGCGCAAAACCUUGUGAGUGAUUUCAUAUUGUACUCUCGUAAGACACCAGAGCAAUUGAAGCAAUUGCCCAUGGUCGGGCCGCACUUUGCGGCUAACUUUAUGGUCGCUGUGGCCGAACUCUACCUGAACGAGCAGCGCUCAGCCGCACUGACACCACCGCCGGAUGCUCUUUUAGAUGCGAUUACUGAAUGGAUGAAUGAGAACCCGACCUUGUGUCAGGCAUCGCAGCAGCCACUGAUUCUACCAGCUGGUGCAAUUGCCAUGCCAUUCGCUACCCCGUUGGCUGGUCUCUUGCGCUGGGCAGUGCUUGCGCCAAUGGUUUCGAGCAGACUUGCGUACAGCAACCUACAUUUAUCCGUCUUGCGAACGCUCCAACAAACAGUGACCAGUGGAGAGUCGACCCCUCUGCCCUUCCAGGACUUGAUGCAGGUUAUCAAGUCUUUGCAGAACUAUUGCGCUCGCUUAAGUGAAACAAGUGUGGAUCCACGCACCGAUGCUGCUUAUCAAAAGUGCAUGGAACGACUCGCCCAAGCUGUACAGAUUGCCCUUGCCUGCAACUGCAUAACAAAUCAGAUUCAGCUGCUGUGCGUGUUAGAGUCAUUGCCCAACCAAAAGCUCAUGGACAUCAUUAUAGCUGCCAAUAAAAAGCUAUAAUUUUUGUUAUUUAAA